CCUCAGGUAUGCCUCCUAACCCGAUGCGCUCCAGCGGCAACAACUACUACUACCGGAGGCGGCCGAUUCACUCUCUCGGUUUGAGGGAACACACACACAUAGCCAAAGGAAAAUCUGCGCUGUAAUAAAAGUACGAACUUCAGGGACUGAGAACAACUGAUUUAAAGAAAAUAAAUAAAUAAAAAAUAGACUCGGCCAUGGCGACAAUAGGGGAUUUCGACCCACUCAACUCCACCGUACCUGCUACAAAGAUUGAAAUCACCGUUUCUUGCAGGAACCUGUUAGACAUGGACACCUUCUCCAAGUCAGAUCCAGUGGUGGUGUUGUACGUUCAAGGCCUGGGGACAAAGGAGUGGAGAGAGUUUGGCCGGACAGAAGUGAUCGAUAACACACUGAACCCUGACUUUGUUAGGAAGUUUGUCCUUGAUUUCUUCUUUGAAGAAAAGCAGAACCUUCGCUUUGAUGUGUACAAUGUGGAUACUAGGAGCUCCAAUCUUUCCAAACAUAAGGACUUCCUGGGUCAGAUGUUCUGCACACUAGGUGAGAUCAUUGGCUCACCGGGCGGCAGGCUGGAAAGGACUCUUUCUGGUAUUCCUGGGAAGAAGUGUGGAACCAUCAUCUUCACCGCUGAGGAGCUGAGUAACUGCAGAGACAUAGCCACUAUGCAGUUUUGUGCAAAUAAGCUGGAUAAAAAGGAUUUCUUUGGCAAGUCUGAUCCUUUCCUUGUCUUCUACCGGAGCAACGAGGAUGGCACGUUUACGAUCUGCCACAAGACUGAAGUGAUCAAAAACAACCUAAACCCUGUCUGGCAGCCAUUUACUAUUCCUGUUCGAGCACUUUGUAAUGGAGACUAUGACAGGACAGUCAAGGUGGACGUUUAUGACUGGGACAGGGAUGGGAGUCAUGACUUUAUUGGAGAGUUCACCACAAGCUACAGAGAACUAUCCCGAGGCCAAAGCCAGUUCAAUGUCUAUGAGGUGUUGAAUCCUAAAAAGAAAGGCAAAAAGAAGAAAUACAUCAACUCAGGGACGGUGACCCUGCUGUCUUUCAAAGUGGAGUCAGAGUAUACAUUUGUCGACUUCAUCAGAGGAGGGACGCAACUCAACUUCACUGUAGCCAUAGACUUCACAGCAUCCAAUGGUAACCCGUCCCAGCCGACAUCGUUGCACUAUAUGAGUCCAUACCAAAUGAAUGCAUAUGCCAUGGCCCUGAAGGCUGUGGGAGAAAUUAUCCAGGACUAUGACAGUGACAAACUCUUCCCUGCAUAUGGCUUUGGAGCUAAACUUCCCCCAGACGGCAAGAUCUCCCACGCCUUUCCACUGAACUUUAACACCGAGAACCCAAACUGUGUUGGGAUUGAAGGUGUACUAGAGGCUUACUUUCAGAGCCUGCGAACUGUUCAGCUGUAUGGUCCAACCAACUUUGCUCCUGUCAUCAACCAAGUGGCUCGGAGUGCUGCAGAAGUGACUGAUGGCUCACAGUACUUUGUGCUGCUGAUGAUCACAGACGGCGUCAUCUCAGACAUGGCUCAGACUAAAGAGGCAGUUGUCAAUGCAGCCUCUCUGCCAAUGUCUGUCAUCAUAGUAGGAGUGGGCCCUGCUGAGUUUGAUGCUAUGGAGGAGCUGGAUGGAGAUGAGGUCAGAGUUUCCUCAAGGGGACGCUUUGCUGAGAGAGACAUCGUCCAGUUUGUUCCUUUCCGGGACUACAUCGACCGGUCAGGGAACCAGGUCCUGAGCAUGGCCCGACUGGCUAAGGAUGUCCUGGCAGAGAUCCCUGACCAGCUGCUGUCAUUCAUGAAAAGUCGGGGGAUUGAACCCCGCCCCCCCCUGCCCAUCACCUCUGACUCCCCCUCAGUGUCCACCACAACUGCAACCAAUACGUGUACGACCAAGCACUGCAACCCUCACCCCUGAGAGAAGGACAGCAGGCAGAAUGGAGCAAGCUGUUUGGGCAAAGGGAGGUGUGUGUGUGCAUGUGUGUGUGUGUGUGUAUGUGUGUGCGUGUGUGUGUGUGUGUUCCAGGGUUUUCAAGGUUGUCUGACAGAAACCAAAUCAGUAAACUGAACGUAAGAAUUCCUUCUGAAGCACUGACUAUGAGGAUUCCUCUGCAAGACAAGAAGCAUAGAGAAUAGAUUUUUAAAUCUUUUUUUAUGUUUCUGAGUUUUUGUCAGCAUCUAUCACAAACACUCUCCAGGUAUAACACACUAUUCUGCACAGACACACGGGCUCCAUUCAAAUCUAUUGUUUCCUUUGUCCUUUAUAAUCCACUAUGGAUGUUUUGUUGACUUUUCUUGCAAAGGUGGGAAGUCAAAAAAUUCUACUACUGGUCUUGUUCACAGUCUGCUGUAAUAGAAUAAUAAAUGCUGUAGCAGCCAUCUAAACUGAUUUCUAUCAGCUGUAAAGAAAGACAGCUCUGAGGGUGAUAUCCUUUCCUUAUUUGCUUAUUCUCAGGGUGUUUCAGUGGCUCAGCAGUAACACAGAGGACCUGAAAACAAAGAAGCAAGAAAUAAAUUAAAUCAUGUCUUGGUUCUUGCAACUGAGACCCAAGGAAUACUGGCUCUUUUCUUAAAAUUAUAUGCUGUCUGUUACUGUAGAAAAUGAAACUUGUGUUUUAGUUUUUCUUUAGCAAAGGCAUGGAAAUUGCUCUCCUUUUCAAAGACACUGCUAGAAGACAGGGCAAGUUUAAAGUUAAAAUCCCCCAUGGACAUGAAGAGAGUUGCUUGUGAGCACCUCCUAAAAGGAGUAAAUGUACAAGGGUAUGAAACCAGUCAUCCCCUGCUCCUCUGCACCUGCAGCCGCUGUACAAUUUGAAAAUAUGGAAGGGCAGAUCAAUUCAGCCCUGGUUAAAAAGUUGAACAUAGCCGUGUCUGUGAGCUCUGUACCCAGUCUUUAUCUAAACUGUAAAUCUCCUGGCUGUGGCUGUCAUUUGGGAUGAAUCAUGCAUGAGGUAGGUGCCUCAGGUCCUGAAACUGUUUACAGCUUGUACCUGUUUAAAAUGAAAAGGGUUUGCCAGUGCAGAUUUUACAGACCUGAAUGCUUCAAAUGUAGCAGAGAGAAUGUGUGGGAGAGUUAGGGUCAGCUUUAACUUUGAAUUUUUCCAAGAGUGGGAAACACCAAGAAGAAGAAAUGGAAUGUGAGGUUUGGUACUUAGUGCUGCAUUGUUCAGUGUGCACUCUUUAUCUUCAUCAUGCAUGCCGAGUUCUUGUUUUUUUUUCUUCUCAUACCCUGUAUUUUUUAUUUUCCUUGCUUUUGUUGUGUACAUGAAUGAUUUAAGCAAAAGAGAGCAAGUGCUUGAACAGAAAACCUAAAUUUUUCAUUGGUGGUCCCAAAGAGCCCAACACACUGCAGCUUACAAGUACACAGACAAAACAAAUGCAAGAUUAAAGCAGGAAAAACCAGCUGCUGUGUGGCCAAGAAAUAUGAGAAAAUGCAACAAAUAUAUUAAUCAUUAUUAAAAUAUUAUUAUUCGUCAAUUCACUUUUCUCAUGCCUUUUAUGCUCCUGUCUCUGUAAGAGCCCUUCAUUCCUUGAAAUUCAAUCUUCUCACUUGCCAUCCUCUGGAAAGUGACAGAAACCACCCAGUGCUUGAGAGCAUUGCUCGAAUUUUGUAGGUGUGACCAUAGAAAGAAAUCUGGUGAGCUGAUGCCAGCUCAUUGCAAAAGAAACAUUUCCAAGUUCCUUCAAAACUUCGGGAACUGAACUCUGUUAUCACGGUUAACCCCCCAUGUAGCCACCACCAUCAGUUUUUGAAGCCAGAAGUGACCAUAUUUAGAUAAGAGGGUCAAGUUUAACUUACCAGCUAAUGCUAGCUUGGUUGAGCAAGGUGCAUCGAUAACAUGAAUCAACAAAGACAGCACCGGUUUAGCAGUGAUUCAAGCUCCCUGUAGAUGACACACCUAUUAACCAAAUCAGCACCAACCCUAACUUUAAGUAUUUUCAAAAGGUUGAAUUUAAAAAAAAAGAUGUACUACCAUAGCUUUUAUGAAGGGAAGCCUAUUCAUUCAAGCCUGUUCUUUUUCUACUAUACAUGCUUUUUAAUGGUGUAGAGACGGGCAUUUUAACAUGGGAGGCAGUGAGGUUAGACUUGCUUUUAAAGCCAGCCUCAAGUGGCCAUUCAUGAAACUGCAGUUUUGGCACUUCAGUCCUGGCUUGAUUUUGUUAACCCCAUUGUUUCUGUUUCUGGUGUGUUUAGUUUUCAGUUCAAAGACAGGCUACACAUGAAUGUUGCUAGUAAAAAGGUGCACAGUGCUAGAAUUACAAACAUAUAGUUUGUUAGGACUUGUGUCCUGAAACUCCAGCAUAUUGAAGGAAAGAGGAUCUGCCACUGCAUUAGAAACACUUUUAUCAAACUUGGUAUAUCACUAGCGAAGAAGUGGAGAGAUGUAAUGAGACAAGAUGAGGUCAAAGUUAAAUAAGAUAUAAGAGAAAAGAAUUUGAUUUUGUGCAGUGUGGGUUCUGUCCAGUAGCAUAUUUGUAUUAGGAUGUGUUUUUAAUAAUUGCAAUGGAUUUCUGUAUUUAUAGUAUAUGUUGUAAAAUGGCUCCAUUUUAUUGGUGUUUGUUUUGUCCGUUUUCAUCUAUAUUCUAACAUUUUAGCCUUCUGAGUUUUUGCAACGACAGGAUCUUUACUGUUAGGUGGGCUCUUUUUUUGGUACCACUGCAUAAAACAAAUACUGUGAAGUUCCAUCAAUUUUUUUUGUUUUUUGUCUCUGACCUUUUUAUGUAAGCUCAGCAACAGUUUUAGAACGUUCAGCCUGGCUAUGUCACAAAAACAGAAACAAUAAUAACAACAAUAAAUGGAUUAAAUUAUAUUUAUCUGGAUUACUGAGUAUUUGUCACAUUGUAUCAGAAAGGAAAUGGACAUGCGGCCUUAUUUCUGUCAUAAUCCUGCAAGUAAGUGUGAGGGAGGACUCUAUUUUUAUAUGACAACACGAGGAAAUAUGUUAUUUUGCAUGCUUAUAUGGCUGUUAUGCUGCUAAUGAUUGUACUAUCUGUAUUCAUAUCUGAAAAAGAUUUCAGACAACAUUCCUCUGUGUGUUUACUUGUGUACUGUGCAGAAUCAAUCCUUCUAUUUCAGAACUGCCAGCCUAGUAAUCCAGCACAUAACAGAUAUAUGAAUAGUAGGGUAGAUUUAUAUCGAACAACGUUUAAAACAUGCAUGUUUGUGUUAUGACUAUAUGUAAACAAACCCAAAGUCACAUAACCUGUUGGAUAUUUUUGUAUAAAGCAUGCUGAGCUUUCUACACAGUGUGUACAGGAUGAGGUUAUUAUUUAUUGCUCACCAGUUCCAUUUGUUAUGUAGAAGCUGCGUGUAAAUAUGUUAA